AUGGGAGAUGAAACGAGCCCAAUGCUGUUGCAAAGCAAGUUACGAGACCUACUCGACCGUCGACGCACAAACUCAACACUCCGAAACUUAACUCUACCUGUUCUCGAUCAGACCGACUUCUCCUCCAACGACUUCCUUUCGCUCUCAACUUCGCCAGAGCUCAAGUCAUCGUACCUCCAGGAGCUACAAAGGACUAGUCUCCCAUUAGGUAGCGGCGGGUCAAGACUCCUGGAUGGCAACUCGAUAUAUGCUGAACAACUAGAGCAAGAAAUUGCAUGCUUCCAUGGAGCCGAGUCAGGAUUGCUUUUCAACAGUGGGUUCGACGCAAAUGCUGGUUUCUUUGCGAGUGUGCCACAGCCGGGAGAUGUAAUAGUUUACGACGAGCUUGUGCAUGCAAGUGUGCAUGACGGCAUGAGAUUAUCACGAGCAGCCAAGGUGGUUGCCUUCGAACACAACUCUGUAUCAGCCUUAAAGCAAGUCUUGCUAGGUCUUCUCACUGAGCAAGAUGGUGUACGCGAAGGAAGAUGCAAUGUUUUUGUAGCACUGGAAUCUAUCUACAGCAUGGACGGAGAUGUGUGCCCCUUGAAGCAGAUGGUCGAAGUAGUCGAAGAAGUCCUAGGUCACGAAAGGGGGUACAUUGUUAUGGACGAGGCGCAUUCUACAGGUGUGUUGGGACCAGAGGGUAGGGGGUUGGUGUGUGAAUUAGGGCUCGAAAAACGUGUAUUUGCAAGAUUACACACCUUUGGGAAAGCCUUAGCAGCCAACGGAGGUAAACUUUUCCUUUCCACUAGCGAAGCACAGUACAAAUGCUGA